GCCUCGAGAGGAGGAGAGGCACCUCAGUCCAGGCCCUCAGAUCCCACAUCCCGGGUCCCUUUGACCCAGCAGAGGUCGUCAGCUGGCAGGUUUGGGAAAGGUUGGUGGGUCAUGGUGAGGCGCGAGAGGUCCCGGCCCUGGCUCUCCCCCCCACUCCCUGUGCGACCUGAGGCAGGUCCCGGUCUCUCGCUUUCCUCCGCAGCUUCCUCACUGUUCCCCUCUCUGCUCCCCUCGUCCCCUGCUCCCAGGCCGGCUGUCAGGAUGAACAAAGGACCCGCCGGGGCCCCGACAUAGUGGUUCCUGCGAUCACCAGCCUUAGGUGGGGGAAGGGACCCCUGGCUGGAGGAAUCCGCAGGCCUCCCUGCCAGGACUUCCCCUUGUGGCCCCAGCCCAGCAUCGUUGGAGACAGCAUGGGGAUGUCUCGCCCCAUCAGCCCUCCCUCCACCCCCAGCCCGGCGCCCCAGGCACCCCUUGGCAGCCGAGGGACAAGAGGCAGAAAAGAGGCUUUGUGCCUGGGGAGGGGGAGGCCCGGGAAGGCAUCCAAGAGGCCGCCCCCAGCCCCAGGAAUGCGGAACUGGUGCUCGUACGUGGUGACCCGCACCAUCUCAUGCCACGUGCAGAACGGCACGUACCUUCAGCGAGUGCUGCAGAACUGCCCCUGGCCCAUGAGCUGCCCGGGCAACAGCUACAGAACCGUGGUGAGACCCACAUACAAGGUGAUGUACAAGACAGUGACCGCCCGGGAGUGGAGGUGCUGCCCCGGGCACUCGGGGGCCAGCUGCGAGGAAGUUGCAGGCUCCUCUGGCUUCGUGGAGCCCAGGUGGUCAGGCAACGCCAUGCGGCGGAUGAUGCUCCGGCCCACAGCCUUCUCAGGUUGUGUCAACUGCAGCAAGGUGUCAGACCUGGCAGAGCGGCUGAAGGUGCUGGAGGCCAAGGUGGCCGUGCUGACUGUCACCCAGCAGGAGGUGCCCCCAACCCCAGCUGCCCCCGAGGACCCCGCCCCUCUCUGGGGCUCCCCAGCUGCCCAGGGCAGCCCUGGAGAUGGAGACCUCCGAGGGCUGCCCGGAGCCAGAGAAACCCCGAGGGCCCCGCUGCUCCCUCGAGAUGACCGAGUUGGUGCCCGGGGACUUCCCGGGCCCAUUGGCCCCAAGGGAGACAUUGGCAGCCGGGGCCCAACAGGAAUGAGAGGCCCCCCAGGUCCACAGGGCCCCCCAGGGAGCCCUGGCCAGGACGGAGCUGUGGGCAUCCCUGGAGAAAGGGGACCUCCAGGCCCCCCAGGGCCUCCUGGGCCCCCCGGCCCCCCAGCCCCCGUUGGACCGCCCCACUCCCGGAUCUCUGAGCAUGGGGACCCAUUUCUGUCUAACACCUUCACUGAGAGCAGCAGCCACUGGCCCCAGGGACCGGCUGGGCCCCCUGGGCCCCCAGGGCCUAUUGGUCCCCCUGGACCUCCUGGUCCCAUGGGCAUCCCCGGGAGUCCUGGCCAUACAGGACCCCCAGGCCCCACUGGACCCCAAGGAAUCUCUGGCCACCCAGGAGAAAAGGGUGAGAGAGGACUGCGUGGAGAGCCAGGCCCCCAAGGCUCCAUGGGACAGCGGGGAGAACCUGGCCCCAAGGGAGACCCCGGUGAGAAGAGCCAUUGGAACCAGAGGGGUCAGGGGCAGGCCCUGCCAGCGUGGGCACCCCCAACCUCCUUCGGGGCAAGAGGGGAGGACACACCGCCAACUACCGGAUCGUGGCCCCCAGGAGCCGCAACAAGAGAGGCUGAGGGCGGUGGUGGCCCCUCGGGUGGACCAGGCCAGCUGCCUCUGGGGACCGCCCUUCCAUAUUUAUUAACGUUCUCAGGGUCCCUCUGCCACCUAGGCCUUUGGGGUAAGCAGGUCUAGGUCCUGGCACCCCAGGCAUGGCUGCCACGUAUGAGGCUCAGCAGGGACGGGGUCUGAGAGGUGGCCCAGGAGGGAGGUGGGGCCUUGCUCGGGGCCCCGAGCCUGUUUCCCUCUGUGAAAUGGGGUGAUGCAGGCCUGCAGGGAAUGGGUGGCAGGUUCAGGUUCAUGGUUUGUCUUCCCAUCAGCUGCCCAGGCAUCGGGCCUGCAGGCACUGCGGGAGCUGAAGCUCUGCCUGGCCCUCAGCACAUGCAGGGACUUGGAGGGCAGAGUCGCCUCCCUUCCUCCCCAUCAAACCCCACACCUCUUCUCUGGUUCUCUGGUUUCUGGUGCUGGGUUCCCAACCCUGAGGUCAAGCUGCCUGAGCUGACAGGAUGCUGUGGACUCCUCCACUCAGUUCUGCCCCGGAGCCCAAGCUACUCCUAUGUCCCAGGCUGCCGGGUGGGGGCAGGGACAUGGAAAGGGAGGAGCCACCUGCUCCCACAGCCUGUGACCGUCACAGGAAAUAGGUGCUACCGGCCAAUAAAGGCCCCGGCCUGUUCCCCACCA